AUGGGAUGCGCCAACAGCAAGCCCCUCCCCUUGAAGUGCACACGCCAGACGUGUCAUAAGGAAGGACAGUCGCGUUUCGACGGCUACUGUUGCCAUGGGUGUCGCCAAGGCUGGGGGUGCGGACCUUUGUGCACAAGCAACGUGUCAACGAAGUGCUGGCGGCCAGAGUGUCAAAAAGUGAAGGAUGAUGCCAUCGGAUAUUGCUGUAUGGGCUGCAAGCAGGGAACAGGAUGUGACAGCAGAUGCAAGAACCGGCCGGCAUUUAAAACGCCUGGCGCGCCUAGCAGGCCUGAGCCCAAGAAGGCUCCUGAGCCCAAGCCCGAGCCAGAGCUCUCGCGUGGCAUCAAGCUGUUGGAGUUCCAGGUGAGAGGCAGAGCGCCAGGCCGAGAAUUCGCAGCACAGAUCUCAUGCCAAGACCUCAAAGGUGCUAUCGUUGCAGCCCAAGUGGUCCAGCGACAGGAGUUGCCAUCAACUUGGGUCCAAUUUUCUGUCUAUCUGGCCAGCGUUGUCUUUGUAUAUCAUGAGGAUGAGGCCGAAGAAAGCAAUGCCCCAAAUGCUGUGGCUGCAGGGGGCGGCAUACACUUGGACCUCAAGAACGGGGUAUCUCUGCUUGGUGAAAACAUCCUGCCAAGCGCAAUCAUGACGGGAGAGGAGGGGAAGGGGAGCAAUAUGAGCAAUCAAAAACACCUCCGUGAAGAAGGGAGGAUGUCCUCACCAGGAGCAUAUGAGAUGCGGCCGUCCCUCUCAUUUGGGACAGCAGGUUCUCCCCUGCUUCAGUUCAGUGUGCAUUCAUCAACCUCUGGCCGGCAAUUCUCUGCCUACUUGGUGCUUGAAGAUGGGCAGGGCCAGACUCUGUCGAAAGUCGUGCUGCUGGACCGGAUUUCUUUGUCUUCCAAGCCAGAAGCAUUUUGCUUUCAUGCCUCACGGGUAGCAUUCGCGACUCACAACACUGCGAAGAGCGGUGAAGUCAUCUACAUUGACACUGUCAAGGGAGUCAGCUUCCUGGGUGAGAAUAUCCUUCCAACUUGUGCCCUGGUCGGACACAACUGGCCCUCGGACAAUGGCAGAUGGAGUUGGAUGCGAGAAAAGGGCUGGAUGUGCUGGGAAGGGCAAUAUGAAAUGAGAGCAUCUCCUUUUUUGGAUGACAUGAGCAGCCUUGCAGUAGAGAUGCCUGCGUAUUGGAAAGCGGAGGAUGGGCAAGUUUCUUCACGACGGAUUCAGGAGACCGCAGGAACCUGCAAAGCCAUACAAUCCCUGAUGGAUAGCACCUGGAAGGCCACCGUGACAAGAGACAGGGCAAAGGAAGACGAGGAGGGACAUGGCCGCAGCGUCAAACAGUUCGAAGUCGUACAGGUCUUGCGGAAUGAGAACCCUAGUCUUUGGGCGGCAUACUGGCGCCAGCGAGAGCGCAUCCGCAAACAAUGUGAGGGCAAACGCUUGCCGGCAGAGACUGCGAAGACCAGCCUGUGUGAUGCCUUCUCUCAGACUGCUGGCUGCUUGUCACUUGCUGAAGAAGUUCGUGAGUUCUACUUGUUCCAUGGAACAAGACCAUCAGCGGCGAAUCAGAUUUGCAGCUCCGAUUUCCGUGUAGACAUGGCCGGAUCUCAAACAGGAACUCUCUACGGGAAGGGGCUUUACUUUGCCGAAGCUUCCAGUAAGGCGGAUGAAUAUGCUUCUGACGACAAAGAGGGCCUUUACACUGGCCUGUUCUGCAUGUUGCUAUGCAGAGUUACAUGCGGCGACUGGAUCUACACCGACGAAGCGAAGCCCGAUGUUGGAGCUCUUGUGCAAGACAUUCGGCAAGGUCAUCAUGAUUCAGUUCUGGGAGAUCGCGAGAAAGCUCGGGGAACGUACAGGGAGUUCAUUGUUUUCAACAGUGACCAGGUUUACCCCGAGUACAUCAUCAUCUACAAGCGUAAGGAGGCGGAAGAGAUAUCAGCUGUGUAG